AUGGCUGCAGACAUUUUAGGCAGUAGCUGGGAAUAUAUUGUUAAGCAGCAGCAGGAUAAAAAUGCUUGUGUCAUUUUUCAGGGUGAAAUUGGAUUGCUGGGUUUAAGGGGGCCAAAAGGGAGAAAGGGAGACAUUGGACGUCCAGGGCAAAGGGGCCGCCCUGGCGCUCCAGGUUCUCCAGGGAAACCAGGACUUCCAGGAUUUCCUGGUCCCCAAGGGCCCAAAGGAGAAAAGGGAGAGCCAGGACUCAUGGGUUUACCAGGGCUGCGAGGUCCACCAGGAACAAAGGGUUUACCUGGUUACAAAGGUGACAAGGGAGACCGUGGGGACCGUGGCCCAGUGGGACCAAAAGGAGAUAAGGGUUCAAUUGGUUUGCCAGGGAUGCUUGGACAGAAGGGUGAGGUGGGCCCAAAGGGAGAGCCUGGUGUUUCAGGGAAGAGAGGACCAGCUGGAAGACCAGGGAAAAGAGGCAAACAGGGUAUGAAGGGCCAUUCAGGAGCCCCUGGAGUCAUGGGGCCCCCAGGUCCUCAAGGUCCCAAUGGUCUCCCUGGGCCCCCUGGACCUCCAGCCUCAGGUCUCUAUCUGGUGGGGGAGAAAGGGGAGAAGGGCCUGCCAGGACCACCAGGUCGCUGCAACUGUGAUUCCGCAGUCGGAACAAAUAAUGCCCCCUUCGGCAACUACUACACACAGCGACGUACCGGCAAUAAACUCACUGCAAUAUUUGUGGUGAACAAUGAAGAGGAGAUGGGCCGCCUUCAUGUAGAAAAUGCAAUUGUGUUAAGAAAAGAUAAGAGGAUGCUAUAUUUUAAGGAUAAAGAUGGCUGGAGUCCAAUACAGGUAAUUACAUUCAAUUCUACCGAGACCAUCCCAGAGAGAGUUGGUGUAUGUGGGGAUGGGAAGGUUCAGGUCCAGCAUGGGGAGGAGUGCGAUGAUGGGAACCAGAUCGUCACUGAUGCUUGUCUCAACUGUAAGUGGGCUUACUGUGGAGAUGGAUACCGACAUGAGGGAAUAGAAGAGUGUGAUGGAAAGGAUUUUGGUUAUCAGACCUGCAAAUCCUAUCUUCCUGGGUCCUUUGGGCAGCUUCAGUGCACUGAGUCGUGCUUCAUUGAUUCUACUGGCUGCAAGUACUUCACCUGAAUACAGAAGGCCUCUCAGAACGCAAAAAAUUGUUAUUCAGAUUUUAUCUGAAGUAUCAAAACUUUGAAAAAAAGGGGUGCACUGAAAGACUGCACUGAAGCAAAGUUGUGUCUGCUCUAAGCCAUGAGACGUCAUGGAAGUUAGUGUUUUUGUUUUUUUACAUCCCCUGCAGUUCCCUCUCCUGUCCCACUGAGGUUUAGUCCUGAACGUGCCUCAGAGAACAGCUCCCUUGGCUGCAGCACUGUUAGAGAAACAUCAGAAAAGGUGGAAACCUUUGAACGAUGCAAUGACUGGAUCAUGUUAAAUACACUGUUUAAGACUUGCAGACUGUUAAUGCAGAAAUAAGCUAUGUGCUCCUUCAUACAACACUUUUUAAAAAAAUGUUGCAAUGUAUUUAAAUUAUGAAAACCCAAGGCAUCUGAUGAGGGACCUUACUCCUGUGCAAUGUAUGACAAAAUAUGUAUUAAUGAUGCGCAAUGUUGGUUUUGCAUGCAUAUAUGUAUAUAAGUGCACAAUAGACUGCUUUAUCUGUUAAAUGCUGUCACCAAAAAAUAUCCCUCUAGCAAAGAAGUUGCAAAUAAUCCGACAGAAAACAUGAAUGUCUUACUGCAAAAAAAAUGCAAAUAACAUGUGGUUAUUGAAGCAGCAUGAGGUAUGAAUGCAUAAGUGUAUAUUUAAUAAAGUAAUAUCAGUAAAAAGUUGGUCUUCAUAUGAAAAUCAGAUGAAGGGGUGUGGGUGGGGCUUGUGCAGGAAAGCAGCCGAUCAAGGAAAAGAGUCUUGCAGCUUGUAUACUAAAUUAUCUUUUAAAUAUCCAUGAAACCCUUGUUAUCCAUGAAAGAGUUUCUUGUAAAUUAGUUUCUUUUACCUGGGUCCUAUUUCACAAAAGUUGAAUAAAAAAAUUCCAGCAUAAGAGAUAAAGCAGAACUCGACCUCUAGCCUGAUCAGUGCAUCCUGGCUCCAUUCGUUCCAAAGGCCAAGCCAAGCUCCACAGGUGCAGCUGCCUCAAGCCAGGUGUGAGUAAUCAAGCCAAGGGUCUGCAGUUUUCUUGAGGUGGAUCACAGAUUAAUUAAUUCAAUAAACAAAAGCAGAUCAACUAAACAGCCUAAAUUCCCUAAUCACUUCUCUUGACUGAGAAUGUCAUUAUUAAAGGUGUAACUGCUUCUCAAAAUAACAAAUAACCUAAAAAUGAACAAUGGAAACCAAUACGGUAACGCAUGUGUUUCUCAUGGUUUUUAGAUUUAUA